AUGGUCUUUUGCUCCUCUCCUCUUGCCACACAGUGUCUCCCUCACCGACCAUCAUUGCAUUAUCCCACUCUCUGGCCCUGCUGCGUCUCAGCAAAUUUUUUGGUAUGUCGUGCCGCAUCUCCCUUCAAAAAAAAAACAAAAAAGUGUCCCAUACUACUCACAAAGCCCAUUCAUUCAAAAAGAAGAACGCCCUCUCGCCUUGUCUCAUCCACAAAACAGGUAUGUCAUCCCAACUUUGUGGCAUCCCUCUACAACUCACAGAACACCCCCUCGCUGUGCCUUAUCAAAAAAACAAAAGAACACCCCCUCGCUGUGCUCAUCCAAAAAAAAGAACACCCCCUCGCUGUGCCUUAUCCAAAAAAAAGAACACCUCCUCGCCAUGCCUCAUCCAAAAAAAGGUACAUCGUCCCAGCUCACAGCAUCCCUCUACCACUCACAAAACACCCACAGAACACCCCCUCGCCAUGCCUUAUCAAAAAACAAAAGAACACCCCCUCGCUGUGCUCAUCCAAAAAAAAAGAACACCCCCUCACCAUGCUCAUCCAAAAAAAAAAGAACACCCCCUCACUGUGCCUCAUCCAAAAAAAAGGUACAUCGUCCCAGCUCGUGCAGCAUCCCUCUACAACUCACAAAACACCCACAGACCACCCCCUCGCUGUGCUCAUCCAAAAAAAAAGAACACCCCCUCGCCAUGCUCAUCCAAAAAAAAAGAACACCCCCUCACUGUGCUCAUCCAAAAAAAAAAGAACACCCCCUCGCCAUGCCUCAUCCAAAAAAAAGAACACCCCCUCGCUGUGCUCAUCCAAAAAAAAAGAACACCCCCUUGCCAUGCCUUAUCAAAAAAAAAAAGAACACCCCCUUGCUGUGUCUCAUCCUACAAAAGAUAAUAAGACUCAGAUGGUGAAGACCAAGCAGACAGCUAAGAAGACCACUGGGGGUAGAGCUCCCAGGGUAUCUCUUGCUGGUCUGAAAGCUAGGGAAAAACAUGCUGCCAAGUCAAGCAAGGCCCAUGCUAGGAAGGCCCCUGUUGCCAAGAAGAGAAGGAUGAGGAGCUUGGCAAGGAUGGAGGGACAUUGUGGCCUUGUGAUCAGGCAGGUUGCAGAAGGGUAUCCUCAGCCCUAUUUUGGCUUCUACUUGUCAGGCAAGCCAGUCCUGAAACACCCUCUUGUGGUCAUUGGGGGGUUUGAGCAUGCCACCACCUCUGAAGUGGCUGGUAACUCUACUGCCAUUAUCCACCUCCACCUUGAGUCUCUAGAGCUUGGCCAUGCCCCUGUGCAUAUCCUUCACACCAUGUUGCAGGGAUAUUUCAGACAAGACACCUACCACUUCUCACAACUGCCCUUCAACUUUGCCACUGAGGAGUCCAGAGCUGCCUAUGACACUGCAGCAUCAAAGCUAGCUUCAAGUCUGACUACCUUUGCUAAGGUAGUCAUUUUCCUUACUACCCAUACUGAUGAAGACAGGGGGGAUCUGUUCUCUGGAAUGGAGAAUAAGGUUCCAAUAGCCACAGAGGUCUUUGAGUUGCAGUUUCUGCAAGGCCUUCUGUUACCCCUCUCCAACAUUGUCAAGGGUGGAGACCUCAUCUUCUUUGUAUGUGGUUCUACUGUAAGGAAGGAGCAGAGCUUCCAAGGACUGAAGGCAGCUGUGCAACACUUCAAGCCAAGGUCCAUGUUGCUUUUUGAUGCUGAGAGACUUCAACUAGUCACCACCAUUCCCUUCCUCAUGAGUGUCCUUGACUCCACCCUUGUUCAAGGCUUCCAUGUCCAAAGUGCAGUCAGGCACUCCAACAUCAUCCUGAUGUUGUGGCAGGAGAAGGUAGUGGUGGAGAAAUUUGUCUGGACUGACAAGUUCAUCAGGCCUUGGGGACAACAAUUGCCUGCACAGUGCCCUCAGUGUUAUAGCAUUCAGAAGUGGGAAGCUAGUUGUUCAGGGCAGACUUAUUCCUAUGAGUGCAAGAAUCCUGGCUGUGGGAAGGACACACAAGGCACAUCUCAGCCUCCCCAAACCUAUACUAUCUGCAUGUCCAAAGGGGCUACCAAACUGACACAGGGAAAGGGGCAAACAUCAUCCUGGCUGUUGGAAUCUUUGUAA